AUGGAUGGACGGUGCGUUUAUUUAUUUUUAUCGAUUUUCAUCAUAAGCUUCUCGUCUGUAACAAAUGGAAAAAAAAUAUACAUUAGAGAUUCUUUAAAAGUUAAGCCAUUUGAUAAUCGCCUUGGGACAAAUCAACUUUAUUCGGUUGUUGUAAAUGCAUUAAAAACAAGGUAUAAGAAUCGGAAGAUGCUCGAAGUGUCUAAAACUCGUUAUGCAUUUCACACGGCGUGGAGAGGAAUAAAAAGUUUUUUCUGGGAAAAAGUUUUGAAUGUGUUUUGUCCUUCAAUAACCAGAGAGUUAAAAGCUAUAAGAGUACUAAAAGAUGUAUUGAUAAAAAAUAAUAAUAAAAGUGCUAUUCAAAAUAAAUUUGGCUUUACAAUUCCGUUUAAAAAAAAUCAAAACAAAAGCAAAAAAAAAACCAGUGAAGAAGAAAGCGAUGAAGAAAGCGAUGAAGAAAGCGAAGAAGAAAGCAAAGAAGGAAGUGACGAAAAAAGCGACGAAGACAGCGAUGAAGAAAGCGAUGAAAAAGGAAGCAAAAAAAAACCUAUAAAGGGUAGAAACAGUAAAAAGAAAGAAGACAGUGACGAGGACGAUGAUGAUAGCGAUGAAGAAGAUGGAAAGAAAAAGAAGACUAAAAAAAAGAGUUUAGAUGAUUUGUUUAAGUAA